AUAACUCUCAUUUGACAAUUUUAUGCAUAUUUAAGACAUUCAAAUUCUCAAACAUGAAUGUAUUUAAUUGAUAUUAAUCUAAAACUGAUAGUUAAAAGAAAUACAAUGUGUAUUGAAAAAAUCUUUUAACGGAAAAUAACAAUCAAUGAUGACAAAAAGUUCAAUAGUAAAAGAUGUGGAAUGGGCAAUCGGAAGCCAUCGCACGCUUCUUCAAAUAAAUGGUUUAUGGAUUUACUCUGAAAAACAUUCAUGGCUUGAGGUUGUAAUGAAUAUUCAAACAUUACUUCUCACUUUAAGUAUAUUUGGAUUUGUUACAUUGCCCCAAACUAUAGCGUUGAUGAAAACUUGGGGUAAUGUUACGUUGAUUGGGGAUAACAUUAUGUCCAAUUUACCAGUCACUAUGGCUGGAAUAAAACUUAUUAAAAUGUGGACUAACAAAAAAAUUCUCGUAAGGAUGGUCAAACGAAUUGAAAAUGACUGGUAUCAAUUAAGUAAUAAUACUGAACGAGAUGUUAUGAUAAAGUAUGCAAAAAUCCCAAAGUUAAUGUUAUUGUGCGGCUUGAUUAACAUUACUUCAAGUACUUUGUUUUAUCACAUUUUAUCAAAUUUCUUCGGUAUUACUUUACGUGCAACAUCUAAUCUUACUGAUAUCUAUGGAGAUAAAAUUCUCCCACUUCAAUCGGUGUACUUUUUCGAUCUAUCGACAACCCUUAGUUUCUAUUUUAUAUCAUGGAGUCAAUUAUUUGGUUCUUUAGUUGCCAGUCUUGUUUAUACAACUUUCGACAUAACUUUUGGUUUAUUUGUGCUGCAUACAUGUGCUCUCCUAGAAAAUCUUUCAGAACGAAUUCAUAAUAUACCAAUGGGUUCUGAAGUAAAAUUACAGAAAAUUUUGAAAUCGAUUGUUCUACAACAUUGUGCUUUAAUCAGAUUUGUAGGUCGAAUUGAAGAGAUUUUCAGCACAGUAUUAUUAGGAUUGGUUAUAUCUUUCGGCGUACUUUUCAGCGUUUUAGGAUUUCAAAUCGUUGUCAGCAUUACGGACAGUGAAGUACAACUACCUAUAUUCCAAGCAACUUUUUACAUUGUAUUCAUGAAUUACUUUUUAGGCUUAAUGUUCAUUUACUCAUGGGUUGGAGAGAAUUUGAUCAAAAGAAGUGACUCCUUGAAUGAUGCAAUUUACAACUGUGAUUGGACAUUGCUCAUUGCAAAAGACCGUCGUCAAAUGAUUCUUCUGCUACUAAACUCUCAGAGAAAAUUAUGUGUUACAGUAGGAGGUGUUGCUUCAGUGUCUCUUGAUACCUUUGCGAAGUUAAUAAAAACAUCUGCGGGGUAUAUAUCAGUACUACUUGCAGCCAAAGAGUGAAAGUUUAUGUACAUUUAUUGUAAAAUAUAUAGUAAAAAUAAACAAUAAAAUAAGUAAAACCAUAAUUACAAC